AUGAAUCAAUUACUCAGACGUUCUUCUCUCGCCAAUUUUUCAAAAAUCAAAAAUUUCAAAGCCUUCAUCAUUUCAUCAAAUUGCUCUGCAUUGGCUGUGCAUUGUAAUUUUCCAGUCUUUGGAAUGACAUCCACUCCACAAUAUUUCCAUUCCUCCCUACAAUUAAAAUCCAAUACAGAAGCCGAAGAAAAGAGAAGAAGAGAAAAAUACGAAUCUGUUAUUAUCGAAGCACGUAAUGCCUAUUAUAAUAAGGAAUUUGAUAAAGCCAUCAUGAUGUGUAGUAAUGUUUUAAAAUUGGAUAAAGAUUAUAAGGAUGCUAUCGGACUUCGUGGACUUUGUUAUUAUUAUGUUGGAAAAUAUGAAAGUUCUUUGGCUGAUUUGGAUAAAUAUUUGGAACAGAAUGUUAUUGAUUUUGAAACUACAUUACAUAGAGCUUAUUGUAAUUUUAAAUUAAUGAGAUUUGAAGAUAUGUUAACUGAUUUGAAUGCUAUUAUUUUCGUUACUUCACCAUCUGAAUUUCCAAAUAGAUUUAUUGAUGCUCGAUUAAUGAGAGCUAAUUAUUAUUUAAUGACCAGGGAUGUUGAUUUGGCAUUUGCUGAUUUACAUGCUAUUGAAAAUAAUUUGGGAAAUUCAAGUUUUGCCUUGCAAAAUGAACAACUUGCUCAAUUCUAUGAAGGAAUUGCUCUUUGUUAUGCUGCCAGAUCACAACACGAUAAAUCAGCAUUCUACUUGACUGAAUUAAUUGAAAAGGGAUACAAAAAUCAAGGAAAGACACCAGAUGCUAAUAUUAAUUUGAAGAGAGCUCUCUCCUAUGUCGAAUGUUGCAAUUUUGAAAAAGCCAUUGAAGAUAUUGACCUUUACAUUUCCUCUAAAGGAUUUAUGGAAAUGCCAGGUGUCUUUAUUUUGAAAGCCAAAGCACUCUUUGGAAUGAAACAAUACCAAAAAGCACUCGAAGAAGUAUCUACCUUUGAAGAAUUGGACUUUGUCAAGAGAAAUCCCUUCAUGAUUGCACCAGAAUGGUUAGACGAAGCCAAACACAUCAAGGAAGAAUGCAAAAAGCAUUUAUAA